UAGUGUCCUACACGUCUAAUAGAGAACCGUUGUUUGAGAACCUAGCCUUACUUACACCUUGAGUUGGAUUAGAACCGUCAGGUUUUAGGGCUAAAAACAAAAACAAAACAAAAAAGAGAGAGAGAACAAGACAGAAUAAAAUGUUUUCACCUAGGGUUCUAAAGUCAGUAGCAUCCCUGACAUGCAGGGCGUUUUCCCAGCAGGGCAAAGCUCCUGAUAUGGCUGAGGGAAACGCACACUUGCUUGUGACCAAUGUCCGCAAUCGGCUGAGGCAGAUCGUAGGAGCAUCGACCAACUGGAAGGAUCAUCAGCAGGCCCUGGUUGAGAGAACCUACCUGAGUAAACACCUGGCUAACAGUCAGGAGGAACUUCCAGCAAAGACGAUGAAGGAGAGCGAGAUCGAGGUGCAUCUUCCUUUAGGGACGCAGCCGUCGCUCCGGGAGAAAUACCUCAAUUUCCACAACAGCGUCAGGUUCGGUCGGAUUUUGGAGGAUCUCGACAGUUUAGCAGUGUUAAUCUGUUACUCUCACACGUGGAAUAAGGAGCUGGAGAAAUCGCCUCUGUCUAUCGUCACAGCUCUGGUGGACAAAAUCGACAUGCGAAGGAACAUAAUCCUUCCAGACUGCGAUAUCAAGUUCACAGGUCAUGUGACGUGGGUGGGAAAGACUUCAAUUGAAGCCAAGAUGCACAUGAUGCAGUUCCACGAUGGGGCUUACACUCCAGUGUUAGAUGCUACGUUUGUGAUGGUCGCUCGAGAUCCAGAAAAUAAAAGGGCAGCGUUUGUGAACCCACUGAGACUGGAGACACCUGAGGAGGAGAAGAUUUUCCAACAAGGAGAGAUUAACAAGACGAGGCGUGUGGAGUUGAGCACAGCCUCUUUACUCAGGGUGGCUCCUACUGCCGAAGAGCGGACGCUCGUGCACAGCCUGUUCCUCAAUACACUUGACGUGAAGACUGUUAGCUUCCGGGGUCGAAUCCUUCCCCCCAACUCUGUAUGGAUGGAGGACGCUAAGCUAAAAGGCUUGGAGAUCUGCCAUCCACAGGAGAGGAACAUCUUCAAUCGGAUAUUCGGUGGUUUCCUGAUGAGGAAGGCGUAUGAGCUGGGCUGGGCCAAUGCCUGUGUAUUUGCUGGUUGUCGGCCAGUUCUGGUAGCGGUGGACGACAUCAUGUUCCGCAAGCCGGUGGAGAUCGGCUCCCUGCUGCUGCUGUCCUCGCAGGUGUGUUACACUGAAGAGCACCACGUUCAGGUCAGAGUUCACACCGAGGUGCUCGACCCUUUGACCCGGCAGCACAACACCACCAACGUCUUUCACUUCACCUUCCAAGUCGACAAGCCCGUUCCAGCUGUGGUACCGCAGAGUUAUGGAGAGUCCAUGCUCUACCUGGAUGGGAAAAGGCACUUUGACGAGACGAUGAAGAGCCAGUGAAGAACGUCCUGCAGCAGCGUAACGCAAUGCAGGCAAAAAUAAAUAAAUACAUUUAAAAAAAGGAACGUAACUGCACUUCAUCUGAGGAGAUUUUGUGUUGGACAAGUUCUGUUAUUCAUGGUGUGUUCAUUUAUAAAUAUAGAUUCAAAAUAUUCGAAUGAAAAUAUUUAUACUCAUAGUAAUAUUGAACAUACUCUAGUUUUUUCUUUUACACAUGCACAUGUACACACAGGCUCUCACUACAAAACUAUUGACUGUGUCUAUAGAGUCUAUUUAUUAAGACAUUAGGAGACAUUUUGUAUUUUCUAUACCGGUAUGGAAAUGCUGCUGAGAGUUUUCAGUAACCAAAGUAUCUAGCAGUCUUUCAAAUACUAGACUGGCUGAAAGAUUUAGCAGAAAUGUUUUGCUGGAGUCCUUUUUACUGUUUAAACUCUAAAGGUGUGAUGUGUACCUUUCAGCUCCAUGAUAUUUUUCUUCAGAUUUCUCAUCUCACCCCUUUUCCAAUGACUGACAGCUGUUUUAUGUGGUUGUUGCCAUUUCUGUACAUUACAAUACAAAUGGGUAGCAACCAGGAAGCAGUGCAUGGGCUAUGAUAGCUAGGAGUUAACAGAAGGGACAACGCAAGAAAGCAAUAUGGAUUUUGUGUUAUGAGGAUCUUGAUCGAUGAUACCAGUAAAGGAAAACCGAAAGUGCACUUAUUCAGCAUUCUGAGAAUAAUGUUAUUUUGGACUGGAAUGGUGUAAAGACAAUAAACUGAAAGUUUCACGUUCUUAGCGUGUGCACAUCACAUACACAUCACAGCGCUAUUCAAUCAAACAAACAUGAAUGCAUAUCUUUUUUUUUUUUUUUUUUUUGCUAUUACACAAACAUUUGUUUUUCUCAAAAGUUCAUGUUUUUUAUGUUUACUUUUUAAUAAAGUUUCAUCAAAUAUA